AUGCACUAUCUUUCCUGGCCAAUGUUUGGUCCCUAUUCUUUUAUAAAUAUAGCAGGUGGAAGAGAAGAGAAGGAUGAUGUUGGGCGUAGUUGGAGAAACAUGGUUGAGGUUGCUGUUGUUAUGAAAAUACUGCUGAAAUUAAACAAAGCUUGGGGUGGUUCGGAACAGAAACUCAGCGUUGGUGUUAUAUCUCCUUACGCUGCCCAAGUAGUUGCAAUUCGAGAGAAACUUGGACGGAAGUAUGAUAACCUUGAUGGGUUUGCAGUGAAGGUUAAAUCAGUUGAUGGGUUCCAGGGUGGGGAAGAGGACAUAAUAAUAAUAUCAACGGUAAGAUGUAAUGGAUCAAUUGGGUUCAUAUCAAAUCGUCAGAGAACUAAUGCUGCUCUUACAAGGGCUAGGUACUGUCUAUGGAUUUUAGGAAAUGAAAGAACCCUUUGUAAUAGAAAAUCUGUUUGGGAAGAUUUAGUCCUUGAUGCUAAGAAUCGUCAGUGUUUCUUUAAUGCUAAUGAAGAUCAGGAUUUGAACAAAUCAAUCUUGGAUGUGAAGAAAAAGUUGGAACAAUUUGACGAUUUGCUCAAUGGGAUUGGUGAUAGGUGGAAGGUUCUUUUCAGUGAUAACUUUCGGAAAUCAUUUCAAAGACUGAAGUCUGUACAAACAAAGAAAUCAGUUAUAACCCUUCUAGUCAAACUUUCCAGUGGCUGGAGACCCGUUUGUGGAGGUUCUUCACAGAUUUUAAAGCAAUUUAAGGUUGAAGGACUUUAUGCCAUUUGUGCAAAUGACAUAGAAAAAGAAUGGAGUGAUUUGGAGAAGGAAUUUAAGUACUAUCAAGUCUUGAAGAUCUGGGAUAUAUUACCUGUAGAGGAUAUUCCAAAAUUAAUCAAACGUCUUGAUAGUUUGUUUGGAAAGUAUACAGAUGACUUUGUUAAUCAUUGCAAAGAGAAACGUCUGGAAGGGAAUUUGGAAGUUCCGAAGAGUUGGUCAAGUUCUUCUGAUAUUGUCAGGAUUAAGAAUCUUGAUAGCAAUGAAAAUGGGAUCGAUUUAAGUGAUUCUACUUCUGAUGGUAGAAGUUAUGUUGAGAAUGUACAAGUUAGUGAGAGUCUGAUGCUAAUGAAAUUCUACUCCUUAUCAUCAGGCGUAGUUGGCCACUUGCUUUCUAAUCAUGAUGGUGUUGAAUUGGAUCUUCCAUUUGAAGUAACUGAACAACAGUCGGACAUAAUCCGUUUUCGUAGAAGUACCUUUAUACUUGGCCGGUCAGGUACCGGGAAAACAACUGUUUUGACUAUGAAGUUAUUUCAAAAAGAAAAACAACACCAUAUGGCAAAAGACUUAUUAUAUGGUGUCAAGAGCGAUAGACCUGUGCAUAGUCAGGAAAACGAAGCCAAGGAGACUAUUGCAGAAGAAGAGGGUACCAUAUUGCGCCAGCUUUUCGUGACAGUCAGUCAUAAACUGUGUUAUGCUGUCAAACAACACGUUUCUCAUUUGAAAAGCGUUGCCUAUGGUGGUAAAUUUUCAAAACGAACCAGUUCAAUUGAUUUUGAUGAUUUUGAUGAAGCAGCUCAUUUCAAGGAUGUCCCAGAUACUUUUGUUGAUGUUCCACCCAAGGCAUACCCUCUUGUCAUUACAUUUCAUGAUUUUCUGAUAAUGCUUGAUGGAAGUGUGGGUAAUUCAUACUUUGAAAGAUUCCCUGAAGUAAUGAAACAUUCUCUUGGCAAGGUUCGUGGUGGAUCAGUUUCCUUACAGACAUUUAUAAGGAAGAAAGAAGUUAAUUAUGAAAGGUUUAAUUCAUCAUACUGGCCCCAUUUCAAUACCCAACUAACUAAGAAUCUUGACUCUUCAAGAGUUUUUACGGAGAUAAUUUCUUAUAUAAAAGGUGACCCACAAGCUCUAGAGGCAGGUGGUGGUAAACUCAGCGGUGAAGACUAUGUUUUACUAUCAAAGAGACGAGUGUUAAGUUUAAAUACACAGGAAAGAGAGAUAAUAUAUGAAGUCUUUCAAAAUUAUGAAAAAAUGAAGGUUAAAAAUGGUGACUUUGAUGUGGCUGAUCUUGUAAUUGAUCUUCAUUGUCGAUUGAGAGAUGAAAGAUAUGAGGGUGAUGAAAUUGAUUUUGUAUAUGUCGAUGAGGUGCAGGAUCUCACAUUGAACCAAAUUGCACUAUUCAAGUAUAUUUGCAAAAAUGUAGAAGAAGGUUUUGUUUUCUCUGGUGACACUGCCCAAACAAUUGCGAGGGGAAUCGAUUUUAGAUUCCAGGGUUUACGAUCUCUGUUCAACAAUAAGUUUCUACUGGAAUCUAAAAGCUGUGGACAUGAUAAAAGAAAAGAGAAAGGGAUAAUCUCAGAUAUUUUCCAUUUGAGCCAAAAUUUCCGUACUCACGAUGGGGUUCUUAAACUUUCACAGAGUAUUAUUGACCUUCUUUAUCGUUUCUUCCAUCAAUCUAUUGAUGUUUUGCAGCCUGAGACUAGUCUUGUAAAUGGUGAAGCUCCAAUCUUGCUUGGGUCAGUGAACAAUCAAAACACAAUCAGUACUAUCUUUGGAAAUAGUGGAAAAGCUGGAAGGAGUUUUGUUGGCUUUGGUGCAGAACAGGUAAUAUUGGUAAGAGAUGAUCAUGUUCGGAACGAAAUUACCAAUUAUGUUGGGAAGCAAGCUCUUGUUCUAACUAUUGCGGAGUGCAAGGGCCUUCAGUUUCAGGAUGUAUUGUUGUACAACUUUUUUGGCUCAUCACCUCUGAAAAAUCGUUGGAGGGUGAUAUAUAAUUAUAUGGAGGAACAAGAUUUACUCAACUCAACUUCUCUCUCUUUCCCAAGUUUCAAUGAGGCUAAACACAAUGUCUUGUGCUCAGAACUGAAGCAACUUUAUGUGGCUGUCACUCGUACGAGGCAGAGGUUGUGGAUCUGUGAGAAUGUAGAGGAAUUCUGCAUACCUAUGUUUGACUAUUGGAAGAAAAAGUGUCUUGUCCAAGUCAAACAGCUAGAUGACUCACUUGCUCAGGAAAUGCAAGUUGCCAGCAGCCCAGAGGAGUGGAGGUUGCGGGGAAUCAAUUUGUAUCGAGAGUAUAACUAUGAAAUGGCAACAAUGUGCUUUGAGAAAGCUGGAGAUACUUAUUGGGAAAGAAGGUCUAAGGCUUCUGCCCUCAGAGCGACUGCUGACAGCACGCGCCAUUCAAAUCCUAAAGCGGCAAAUGAGAUCCUUAGGGAAGCUGCAGAGAUAUUUGAAGCCAUAGGAAUGGCUGAUUCUGCUGCCCAAUGUUUCUCUGAUUUGGGGGAGUAUGAAAGAGCUGGGAGGCUUUAUUUGGAAAAAAGUGGUGAGCCUGAGCUGAAAAGAGCUGGGGAAUGCUUUUCUCUAGCCGGAUGCUAUGAACUUGCAGCUAAUGUGUAUGCUAGGGGCUAUUUUUUCUCAGACUGUUUGAAAGUAUGCACCAAAGGAAAAUUAUUUGACAUGGGUUUUCAGUACAUUCAGUAUUGGAAGCAACAUGCAACUACAGAUUCUGACAUGGUUAGAAUGGGAAAAGAAAUAAACAAAAUUGAACAAGAGUUUCUAGAGAGUUGUGCUCUUCAUCAUUACAAGCUUAAGGAUAGCAGAUCCAUGAUGAAAUUUGUUAAAGAUUUUCAAUCCAUAGAUUUGAUGCGCAAGUUCCUGGAGUCUCAUGGUUGUCUUGAUGAGCUUCUGAUGUUGGAAGAAGAAUUAGGAAACUUCUUGGUGGCUGCAAACAUAGCGAGGCAGAGAGGGAAGAUUCAACAUGAAGCUGAUCUCCUAGGGAAGGCUGGGAAUUUCAUAGAAGCAUCCUCGUUAAUUCUUUCCUAUGUACUAUCCAACUCACUUUGGGAACCUGGAAGCAAAGGUUGGCCGUUAAAGCAGUUUACACAAAAGCAAAAGCUUUUAGCAAAAGCCAGAACAUUUGCAAAGAAUGGGUCUGAAAUUUUUUUUGCGUUUGUUUGUACCGAGGCUGAUAUUUUAUCAAAUGAGCAGAGUAACUUGUCCAUGAUGAAAAACUAUUUGAAUGCAGCUCAGAGACAUAAAAGUGUUGGAGGUGAAAUAAUAUGUGCUCGAAAAAUUCUAGAUGCUCAUCUUCAUUCAAACUCCUCAGAGUAUGUAUGGGAAGAUAAUUUUGUCUUUGAUCUAAAAAAGCAUUCGGAACAGAAAAUCGCUACAAAUCAGAUUUCUUUAGAAACACUGAUUUGCUUUUGGAAUCUUUGGAAAGAUAAGAUUGUGAACAUUAUUGAAUACCUCGGAUGUGCUGAAACCCAAGAUGUUAAUGAAUAUGGAGAUUUUUGCUUGAAUUAUUUUGGAGUGCGGAAGCAGUUUCGUAAUGAUAAUGCCAUCUAUCUUUUGCUCAACUCUGCUGCUGAUUGGGUGAGACAAUUGGAUAAUAGAUUCCUUCGUAAGAACAGGAAGGUGGUUCCUAUCAAUUUCCACCAAUUUGUUUCGGCUGCUCAAAGUUACUGGUGUUCAGAAUUACUUUCUGUUGGUACGAAGGUUUUGGACAAUGUCAGAGCCCUUUAUGAUUUGUCAUUAAAGAAUUCUCUCUCCAUGUUCUGCCAAAGCAUAUCUCUUACUCAUAUCUAUGAGGUUGCAAAGUCUCUUUUGGAAUCCAAAUAUCUUGUCCUCAAGUACCACGAUAAUAAUAAGACAUUGUGGCCAUAUAUCAAACUUUCCACUGAUAUCUUUGGCUACAUAUUUCCUUUGGACUGGCGGAAAUCAUCGGCAGAGAACAUGUUUUCUUUGAGAGGAACUGAGGUUAUGAAGAAUUUACUAAAACAAGUCAUACGUAAAAACAUCGGCUCAAAGGGUAGGUUGACUUACGGGAAAAUUGGAAGAGUUGUAAUGGUAAUUCUUGGAUUGGGUAAGCUUGACAAUGAUUUAUGUAAGGAGAUUUUGGAUAGGUUUGGUGGGAUUGACAAGAAUUCGCCCUGGAAGACCUUCAUUCAAACUCUCUUUGUGAAUAUGGGAUCAAAAUUUCUACAUGCUACCGUACCUAACAAUAGAUGUGAGUCUCCAAGAGUGUUAUCCCUUCUGCUGACGCUCAAUGAAGCUUUAGUAAAUACUUACAGGGCAGACUGGAUGAAUGAAGAGGACUAUAUGUCACCUGGUUGUUUUUUGUAUCUUGUUGAGCGCCUACUGAUUUUGGCAUCAUACUCCCAGGGUUACUUUAUCACUUCAAAGUCUUCUUUUGCUGAAUGGUUUAUCUACAAAGAGGGAGAUACCGGCCCAAUUUCCACUGAAGUCACUGAAGUGAAACCAUUGGUUGAAUGGUUUAUCUAUGAAGUUGUUAUGCCGCUUAUUGAUAAUAAGGAGGAUACAAUGAAAUGGAUCGAAAUGUCGAGCAUAAAUGUGAAAGACCACUAUCCACCGCUGUUGUUGAGAUUGGUUGCCAUAAUAUGUUUGGCUCAUCUGAACUAUGGGAAUUUUUCAGAUUUACUUUUUGAUUUGCUUCAUAGGAGCUAUAUUACAGAGCAACUUCCAUGUGACUUUUAUGAUGUCCUUCAGAGCAACUUCUAUGCGACUUUCCACCUAAAUGUCCUUGCUGAAGCAUUUCAAAAAAUUAACAAUCCUCUUGUAAUUGUGAGUUUGGGAAAAAAUUGUUCACAAUUUCUAUGUCCAGAUGUCAUUUUUGUGGACAUGACGGUAAAGCAUUGCAGGGAGGACAUUUUAAGAGUCUUGUUUCCAAAGACAGUCAAAGCCUUGCCAGCUCAAACUGAAAUUAUUGAAGUGGAAACAACUCAUUCUUGCAGUGAAGUGCUUUCUUCAGGCAGUUAUGAUCAGGUGGGUUGUAAACUUGCACCUUCAAACUUUGUUUUGAACAACAUAAAUGGAAGCAAGCUGCCAAUGGAUUAUAGUUACUUUUGGGAAAUGUUUGAAGCAUUGAAGUCAAUAUUGGAGAAUGGUGGAUAUCCAAAGAGCUUUUUGCCCAAUGCUCAAGUAAUCAAGGUGGAUGUGGACAAAAGUAUUCACCUUGUAAGUACUGUUGUGAACGAAAGCCUUCAGAACACUAUUUACCAUGGUGAUGAAAACCUAUUGCAGGAAGUAGCCUGCAUGCUUGAUGAACUGAAGGUACUUUCUGCUGCAUUGGGUGUGAGUGAUUCGGAACUUGGGACCAAUAUGUCAACAAUUGAAGAAAUUUCCAUGAGGUUGUUGUCAAGAAGGCCAAAGGUGGAACCUAUCUUGAGUCAGCUAUUCUUGCAGCAUGGCACAAACCUUCUGGUAGAGACAUCAGAAACUAGCAGUACAUCAGUUGACCAGGAUGAUGAGGAUAGUGGUAGCAAUGGUAAGACAAAUAGUAGUGUUGAUAAGGGUAAGUCAAAGGCUUUAGAAGCUGAUUUUAUGUCUGGAGCCAACAGUAAAAAUCAGUCAGGAAACAGGAAACAAGGGGGGGAGGGGAAAAAGUCCAGGAAAAAUACGAGUAGUAAAGGAGGAUGGAAGUAAUAAAUAGCUGCACAUGAGCUGAAAGGUGCUAUGAAAUUAUAUGUUUCAGAAAUGUUCUUUUUCAUAUGCACUUGAAAGUGUUGAACUAUAAAGCAUUUUAGAACAGAUCGUUGAAAUUUGAAGCUCAAUAUUUGGU